GCUCUACCAUGACCAUUCCGCGAUUGAUCUGUUGACGACGCUUCUCACAAAGAGCAGACUACAAGAUAUAUUUGGCUGAGAGGUUCCCGAACCUUCAUACGAUCUUCCGCUAACGUGUGCGAGGAAAACCUCCAAGUCUUUCCCCGUCACCUGGCUUCUAGGGUCUGCCAAUCUGUCCUUAGUCCGCUCGAGUGUCCCCCAAGUAGGGGUGUGCAGCCAUGCUUGCACCAGCGAUACCAGAAAUCAUCGAAGACGACGACAUUGGGCUUGCCAUAGACGCUCGGACAGAGUCCCUACCCGCUUUGCGUGAACUCGGACCUCCCGAUUUGGUGCACCUGGUCAAGCAGAGUACUAAAGCUGGCGCAAAACAGACAGGCGUAUACCACCAUGUUACCGGCGUCGACGCAUCAUCCUCCGCUAGCCUGGCAGCAUAUGUCAACACUUUAACAUUCAACCCGGUGGACAAGACUCACAAGGUGGUUUCAGGAAUAUACUGCUGCUACAAUGCAUUUUCACAUCUGGAUAUGCGGGUGGAAGUCAAGAUCCCUGGCAGCGUGGAAAGCUACUGCGUCGACGAGAGGGGAGAUAGGAGGGUUGCGACGGAUAGUCUCUGGCUGGAAACAUUUCUGUGCGCGGUCUUGCGUGCCUACUCUUAUGCGGAUGAUGGCAGUGGAGACACGAUCAAGAAGAUCAUCGGAGUCAGACGGUUCAACCCGGUUACGAGCACUGAGCAAGAACACCGCUUUUUCGAGGCAGCGGAGACACUGUUUUUCAGUGGACGUCAACUGGGUUCCGACCCAGAAAUCCAAAUCCCGAAUGUCGUCUCGAAUCAUCUGACUGCUGGACUAUUGAAGUACAUCAAAACCACAGGACGAUAUGCUUCGGGCAUAAAUCUUUUUGAGAAGCUGCGCACAAAGGAUGUCGAGGUGUCAUCUCUGUUGGCUCGAGUACUAUUGGAAGGCGACGAGGAAAUUGAAGCUGUCCGAUUACUACAUGAUUCGCUACAAGAUGUACCCAUGGACUAUGCGCUUCUCGACUGCCAGGCAUCUUUCUGUCAAAGUAAAGGCGAAGGUGGAAUCGCCCUUGAGCUGGCCAAACAAGGGGUUACGGCAGCACCUAGCGAGUUCAGCACUUGGGCUAAAUUAGCGGAAGUAUAUGUCGAUCUUGAGCAGUGGGAUUUGGCACUGCUGACACUCAACUCAUGUCCCAUGUUUUCGUACCAGGACAAGGAUUCACCAAGGAUGCCUGAACCUAGUCGCGUUCUCCUACCGAUCCUGCCAGAGAGUGCGCUGGACGAGAUUGACGAAGGUCAACCCAGGCAGGGAGAAUCGUUUGAUCAGGUGCACGUAUCGUUACGAAAAUUGCAGGCCGCUACCUAUCAGGGAACAUUUUUGAAGGCCUACAGUUUACUUACGCGAAUUGUCGCGUCGAUAGGAUGGGACGCGCUGCUAAAAACGCGAAGUCAGGUCUUUGUCAUGGAAGAGGAAUAUCGCUCAGAGAGACAGCAUUCGGUCACGCCGAAGACGCAAACAAGCAAAAAUGCAAGCACUAUCGCCCUUUCAGGAACGCCGAAUGGACACCCAGAUGCCGAGAAAGCCGCAGAAACGGAGGAGGACGAGUCAGAUGAAGAAUCACCAGUGGAUGAUGAGAAGACCCUGGCCGAAAGCUCAACGACCGCGCCUACACUAAACGGCGGCUGCUCAAGUGAGAAUGAGAAUGCUGAAAUAAAGGCAGAACGAUCUAUGGAGAAGCCAGUACCGACGAUAGCUGCAGAAGAGGUCAAAUCUGGUGGCGAUGAUGCUGAUGUAUCUCGCUCGCCUUACCCAGGCUUUCAAAACAAGCGGUUGUGCGAACGAUGGCUCGACAAUCUGUUUAUGGUGUUGUACGAAGACCUCCGGAUAUAUACAAUUUGGCGGACAGAAAUGGGCCAGUAUCGACAACAACAAAUGCAGUAUAAAAAAUCUGCAGCGGAGUGGGAGGUACUGGGAGACCUGGCGGAACGAUUGCACCACAUCAAUGAAGCACUGGAGGCCUAUCAACAAUGUCUAAACAUUCGAUUCUCUCCAAAAGCGAUGAGAGGCAUCCUCCGCAUGUAUGAGAAGAAAGGCGACACGAGGAACAUAUUGGCCUGCUUGAUCCGACUAAUCACCUGGCAAUACAGAUGGUACUCAGAGUUCUCGCCUGAACUGUUUUACUCGAUACGAAAACUAAUCGAAGAGGAAGGUGCUGUCAAAGUCCGCAGCAUUGUGCAGUCCACGAAUCUCCCUCAGCCAGUCCUUGACCUGACUCACGAAUACUGCCAGGUCUGUGUGGCGUUCAGAAGCAAUGGAACAGAUGCAUAAGAGAUACCGAUCAUCACUUGCAGGGAGCAAAAUAAUUCGGAAAGGGUGGAUUCCAGUCAUUCUACGAGCUGGCUUUCGAGCGUCGGCGUUCUACUAUGGAAUGAGCGUAGACAUACCCUGAACAGUACUUCCAAAAAGGAGUCUCGCACAGUGAAGCGUCCAUAUUCUCGAAACAGGCCUAUAUUCGCUUCAUGUAGUGGAUGACUGCUCGUCGGUUGCACAUGGCAUUGCGCUGACGAUUGAGCCGUGCGCCGUAGCCAAGCUACGGUGGAGGCUGCCAAGGAUAUGGCAUUUUGAUACUGUAGAGCCUCGACGUCAAUCCAGUGGUACUCGAGGCAAGCCAC